AUGGGGCUGAAGGUAUGGGAGCUGGAACUGGAGAUGGGGAUGAAGGGUGGAGCUGAGGAGCUGGCUGCUGGUGCUGGAAAUGGGGUGAAGGUUGGGACUGGAGACGGGGUUGAAGCUGGAGUUUGUUAUUCAUGUAAAUUUACCAACAUAUUAUUAUAUUUUAAAACCUUUUGUUUUCAGCUUCAAUGUGAUUUAUUGGAACUUCGAGAUGCUCACGCAAAACUGCGUACAACCAAUGAAAAGCUACGUAGAGAAAAAGAAAGAUGGGACCGAGAAAGGGACGACUUGAGACAACUUGCUUCUGCUCGACGGCGAGCAGAUAAUGAUGAAGAUAGAAAAAUACAGCUUCUCCUUGACCAGGUUGAAGAACUAAUGAGACUGUCCCCAGAUAUGCUUUCCUACAGGCGUGGUUCUUCUCAAGCAUUAGGGACUCCCACACCUCCAGUGCGACUAAAGGGUCCUAAAUCACGGGAAUCUUCUCCUCUAACUGAAAGAAAGGACUACAGCAGAGAGCAAUCUCAGUCACGAGAUGAUUCCAAGGGAAAUAUGCAGUCAACUCUCCAGCGCCUGAUUGAGGUUACUGAUGAGCUAAGAAGAUAUCAACGUGCAGAUAGCCAAGAUAGAGAUAGGGAGAGAGCAAGACGAGUUCUGGGUAUACGAAGGGCUGCAUCUACUGAAUCAGAUACAGCAGCUGAAGUCCCAGCUGAAACUCGGAGCAAACCAAGUGUGGGAAGAGGAGGAGCUGGGCUUCAGAGGAAGGGUAGUUUAUUGCGUAAGACACUCUCCCUAGAGCAAACCAGCAACGCUAAUGAACAGAAUUUCUGGAAAGGAGAUGAUGAGGAUGGAAGUGUCAAUAGUUUACAAAGCUUAGAUGAUGACCCAAGAUUAGCAAUUAAUAGAAGAGACAACAGCAUGGACAGGUACUUAUGUAGACUAAAUAUAAUUUCAAUAUUGUUUGCUAUCCUUGCCUAAUACUUCUAUGUAUUUUAUAUAAUCUAUUUUUUUAUCUUGUUAUUAAUUGUGUGCAAACCAUCUGCCAUGUCACCACCAUCCAAAAAUCUGUAAACUGCCCCUUAACAUGAGCAUUG